UAAAUAUUCAGUUCUUUCAUUUGGCUCAGUCCAAAGGAAUAUUAUACUGGAAGCUAUAUAGCAUACAGUGCAAUUCUGACAACUUGCUAAAUAUUUAUCUUGUAGAUGUUUGGUCAGCAGGGUGUGUCCUAGCUGAACUAUUACUUGGUCAACCAAUAUUUCCUGGUGAUAGUGGCGUAGAUCAACUCGUAGAAAUUAUUAAAGUUCUUGGAACUCCUACGAGAGAACAAAUUAAAGAGAUGAAUCCUCAUUAUACAGAAUUUAAAUUUCCACAAAUUAAACCUCAUCCUUGGAGCAAGGUACGCAAAUGUGUGCUUAGGCCAGUAGUGAUUGACCGAUAAUCGGGUUCGGGCCGAUUUUCGCCUCAUCUGCAAGCAAUCGGAAUUACUAUAGAAUUAUCUGUAUCUCCGAUUGUAUAAGGUUCUAUACCUUAUUGAUAUAUUGUUGAGAGAAUACGCACUUUCAAGUAUUAUACAUUGCGCGUAGAUAGCGCGUUGAUAGUGUAAUUUGCUGAAUAUUAAAAGUAUACAUAUACGCAAUAUGUUACCGCGACGAAAUUAAUGCGGUGAAGCAUGCCAUUUAUGAAUGGUUUUAACGAACUUUGGUUGCACGGCACUAACAUGUUGCAGUAUGUUGGAAAUUCCAUUAAAAAUCAAAAUGAAUGACGCCACCUUUACUCGACUAACAUUUUGACGUCAUUAUUUAGUUGAUCUCGGGUAGAUUGUCCCAUGAAUAAUCGGUAAUCGGUAAUUUCCUAUUGUAGCACAAUCGGUCAAUCACUAUAGACAAGGGCUGAAAAUUUAUCGUGCCAACACUCUCGAAACUCCCAUUAUAGACUAAUUUUAAAACUAGGCAAGGAGAUGCAAAUAAAUAUUGCGUUCGGAAAUUGCUACCACAUUUGGGCCGAAAAUGGUAACAAUUUCCGCACGCAAUACAAAAGAAUACAAACUUUGCAAGGUUAUAUUUUCCGCAUUUUACAACAUUUCGCAACUAAACUUUGUAAUUUUACUCAUUUUAGUAUGCUCGUUCUAGUUGUGGUAUUUUAUUUGCAUCUCCUUGCCUAGUUUUAAAAUUAGUCUAUAAUGGGAAUUGUCUAUUGCUGUAGUUCGAGACGAAAAUGCCGUGGAUCACUGACGACGGUAGUUUUCUUCCACAGUGUAAAUUUUUAGGAAAUUGGUGUUAGUGCUGUGUGCCGGAGUUCUACCGAGGCUACGGUCUUUUUUUUAUCAGCCGGAGCCGCGGUUGCGACAGUUUCUCCCAGCUCCGACUGGAAAGUCAGAAUAACAAGAAAUUUGACAAUUUCGUAGUAUUAGCGUUGGUUACAAAUAAUGGCAAAUUAGCGUUGGUUACAAAUAAUGGCUGAAAGUAACAUUUAAUCUGAAGUCAUACGUAUCUGUUGUGUCAAACCAAACCAUCAUGUCUGUGAUUUAUCUAUCACAGGAAACGUUGUACUGUAAAUCGCUAACGUUCUGAUAUGCUGCAUCACGUCAUCAUAUCUUGGGGACGAAACGAAGCCGAAUACUAUCCGCCUUUAUCCGCUUAUACGUAGACUGUAUCCCCCAUAGAGAUUAUAAAUAACACUAGAGGAGACAUCGAGGUUAAAAAUUGGGAACGCAGUUAUUGGGGGGCAAAUCCAACUCCCGGAUAUAAAAUCGUACUCUCAUUGGCUGAUUUGAAACUCCUCACCAUUAGGAACAUGAAUACACAUGAUCACAUCCGGGACUUGAAAAAGUGUUUUCAGUUUAGCGUGUGUAACCGUAAUAAAUGUUGAAAUCUGUAAGCGCAGAAGAAAUACGAGAAACUUCUACCAGAACCUUUCAUGGAAAAUGCUGUAGAAUUGGAGACAUGAUUGCCAUACGGAAAUUCCAGGAAUGAGCAAGGCAGUUACAGUAGGCUCAAUAUAAAACCUGCAUUUCUUUACCUUAUGUAAUCUUGUUCAUGAAAAUCUCCAAAGAAAUCUUUCAAAAUCUACCAUUUGACUAAAAUGUACAGUUACUAAUGAUAAAAAAUAUAGUUUGGUGUAAUGUGCGAAUGCUAGAGUAUGUGUCAUGAAAGAGUCGUACAAUAGAAUGUUUGGUUUAUUUGAAAUUUCAUUGCAUAUUAACUUGAAGGAAAAGAAGAUGCAAUGCCUAAUUUACACAUAACUCAAGUCCUAUUCAGUACUACAGUACUUCCAUGCAGGUGCACAUAUAACUACGUGUAUGUAUCUAUAUAUAAUGUCGAGCGGUCGGCUCAAGUGAAGGUAGAAACAAUAACAAAGACCUCAGCUCGAAACGGCGAAGUUCUGCUUGCAUUUUUAAGGUACUGUAAUAAAGGAAUACCGAAUGCAUGGUUUUCGGUGCAGGAUUGCGUGAUCCAUGCACGUAGGAUGUUUCCAGACUUUCGGAAAGCGUAAAAAAGCUCGAGCCACCAGGCGCGAGUUUUUUUACACUUUCCGAAAGUUGAGAAAAGUCCCAAGUGCAUAAUGGAUCACGCUAUCCUGCACGGAAAACCAUUCGGUAAUUGUUUUAUAAAAUAACUACAGUGAAACAAUGGUCAAGUUAAUUCACUCUCUGUAGUUAUUGUAAACCUUUGUUCACUGUUUUGAUGAACUUACCGCCCGUUUAAUGUACUGUUAUUGUUUAUUUCACGCAUUGAAAUGUUUUCGUUGUCCGACAUUUUGAAAACCCUGCGGAAGGCAUUUAAAUUUUCUGUGCAGGAUUGUCUCAUCCUGCACGGGUAUUGACCAAUCGGGUUGCGUGCUUCACUGCAUGUAGUUAUUAUAUAAUUCCAUUUCUUUCAAUCCGUCAUCAUCUCAUCUGUCUUAUCUAUAUAAACUAACAUAGCCGACAUGAUUUUUUUGUAGGUAUUCCGACCUCGAGUCCCUCCAGAAGCAACGUUACUUUGUAGUAAACUACUUGAAUAUACGCCAUCAAGACGACUCUCGCCAGUUGAAGCAUGUGCUCACAAUUUCUUCGCCGAACUUAGGGACGCGAACACAAGAUUACCAAAUGGUCGAGAGCUACCUCCUCUGUUUAACUUUAGUUCUGCGGGUAUGUAACAUUAACACAUUGUUAUCAAUUUAUACUAUCAUAAAUAAAGGCCAAAAGCCAACCUUUUCCAAGAUUAUGAAUUGAACCGCAGAAGUGACAGUACAUGUUGAGUCAGAGUGCACUACAAUAGAAGCAUACAGGAAAACGUGGAGAACAGUGGAGUUUGUAAAAUAAGAAGAUAACAAAGCAUUAUAUUCGGCUUGCUACAGCAGUAUGCUUUUGUCAUUUGGAAUGUGUACAUUGAUCAUUAUCUAAAAGUAUGCCAAGCUUUAAAACGGUGUAUGUAUAGGUUAAACAGCAAGAUUGGAGACUUUACGCCAGAUAAAUCUAGAGGGCCGAAAACCCCGAAGCCUUUAUCCAGCUUAAAGCCGACGUUCGAGGUGUUUCAAUUAACCGACUUUAAUAUAGCACGAUUGGUGAACACCGCGGAAAAACGUCUGCGCAUGCACCAAAUUAUGAAAAUAUGGCGGGGAAUUUGAAUAUCAAUUUCUAAAACAAAAACAUGCUUAUUAAUUGGUCAAAAAUUAGUAAAUCAAACGAGAAAAUAUAGCAAAUGGGUACACUAGACAUUAAUUGAAAGCGUCCUGGCAUUUAAAGUAUGGAAUGAAAUAUAAUUCAUGUAAAAAAAUGUUGAUUUUAACGGACACGACUUCGAAAUUUUUUGCAAAAUUAUUCAAAACAAAAAUUCAAACUAAAAAGUUAAGAAAACUCUCGAAAAGUUAAGCUUCUUAACCCACUCAAAUUUUAGAAUAAAUCCUAAAGUUUAAUUAUUGUGAACACGCAAAUUUUUUAUAUAUGGCGACACAGUUUUUAAUUAAAGAAAUGUAUCUCAAACGAAAAUUCGGAAAUUGUCAUUGCUUAGUUGAUAAACAAAAUGUUUCAGACGAUAAAUUUGUCAACAAUCACCUUUAGUUCAUGUUCUUGUACAAUACAAUUUCUUGAACCUUCUGGCUGUAUUUAUUUCUAGUUUUUAGAAUGACAUAUUUGUUUUUGCGCUUGAAAUCUGGCUGUAAAGACACACAAUGAAGUCUCUCCUUUUUACCGCCAUUUUGAGCCUUCGGAAACGUUCGGAACAGCUUCUCAUCAAGUUCGCAAUACUAUUACAGGUAAGGUUGACGCAUGCGCAGACGUUUUUCCGCGGUGUUCGAUUGGUGAGGUUUUGUUCCUAAAACGGCUCUUACGCUUGCGCACUUUAAUUGCUUUAAUGUGAACUAGCAUGCGCAUUUUAUCAUUUAACGUCCCACAAGUGAAACGGCAAAUAUUUCUGGAUAAAUUCGUUGAGUGCAGACGUGAGAAAUGUGCCUGUUGGUCCAGUUAAUCUUCAGGCGUCGGAUGAUAGAUUUUUUAUCUCAUUGACGUCCAGAGGGAAGAAAAGUAGGGACUUGAGUUUGUAGGCAAUUAUAAAUUUAUUAUAGCCCCGGUGUGAAUACGCCAGUGAAUCGUGCUGUAAUGAUACGUAAUAUAUGCCAUCAACAUGGUUAUGCUGAGGAGCGAAUUAAGAUGCACAAAUCAUUUGGUUUAGGAUUAAUAGUACUGUAUAUCUAAACUCUUGCAUUACCUGGUUACUUCCAGUUACAGUAACCAUACAGAGAAGAAAUUGGUCAAGAAUUUCAGACCUACAGUCCAUAUUCAAUGGCUGUCCAAAAGUCAAGCUAGCACGUGAUCCUUGCGAGUUGUGAGUGUUCGGUGACCAUGAAGUUUGUAUGCAUAAAUCGAAAACGCACUAUACUACAUGUAUAUUUGUUUAUUUCAGAACUUGCCAUCAAGCCAGCUCUGAAUGCUACACUGAUUCCAUCACAUGCAAAGAAUACCUCAGCAGCCACGAACAGCUCAACAGACUCCCCUACGUCGAGCCCAAGCACAAGUAGUACUGCCUUAAUGGAUGGUGGUACGUCUUCAUCAGUGGCCACUGCUGCAUCAUAACAAAACAAACCGUGGAACUGCAGCAAUUAGUACACAACUCAUCGAUUGUGUUUUCUCUUAUCUUUCGAAUCUUUCCAUCUAUUUUUAAUUAUCAGGAAUGUGUGUUGGCGCGAUGCGAUUUAUUUUAUGUCAUGAUUCCGGCAGUCAGGUACGUACCAAAAGGUGAUGCUCGACGUUGUACGUGACGAGCACAUUGUACAGCUCUUUGUAAGAGAACCCUCUGCGAUAUAUGUAAAAGAAACUAAUACUUUUAAAGUGAGAAAUGUUUAAUUUUAACGUAGUCUUUUAAACUAGUUACAAAGGAUUUUCAUCGGCAGUGUUUUAGACUUAAAUUUUCAUACGUUAUGCCUGUAACAAAGGCAUAAGGAGUUAGUGUAAAUUAUUUAAACGGGACGCAGCAAUAUAAAUAUCGUAUGAUAUUUAAAAUUCUUGUAAAAUACUUUGGCAUAGAUUUUUACUAGUAGCUGUAGCUAUCAUUUGUCGAUGUGUAAUGUGAAAAUGAGGCAAAUUUAAUUCUUGUACAGUGUAAUAACAAGUUCUCGAACAAUCAGUCUUUGUAGUGUGGUAUGAAAAGUGAAUGUAUGCUGCUUCUAAAGCAAUAAUAUUGGUGGCAAUACACGUUUGCCGGAAGUACGUUAUCUUCGCUGUAGGAGCCUCAACGUCUCAAUCAGAGAAUUUUGGGCAUCUCGCUCGAUAGAAUCAUGGAUAAUAAAAUAAAUGGAUAAGACUCUAGCUGACGUGACCUAAUGUUUUCAAUGGGAUGAUGGCGUGGUUGGAUGUUGAAACCUAGUUGCAAACCAAAUUCUCAAAAACGGCAUGUUUAGCAAUAAUACAGCUAAACAUUUUAGUCAAAGAGCAAAUAAAUAUAACUACGCCAUUCUACGAUGAAAGCUCUAAGUAUUUCCAGUCAAUUUUAGCAAAUAUUUCAAGCACUAAACAGUGAAAAAUGCAUCCCAAAUUUCGUUAAAAUUGGUGACGCCAAUUUCGUAGCUACAGAUGUAAAAAAAAAUACAAAACAAAGACGAAAAACAUUUACCUUGAAUACUUUGUCAUGGCUUAGGCAUGUUUUUAAAACAAUUAGACCAGUUUAUGCUUCAAUAUUACUCUUUGAAAGCGGAAAUAUAGCGAAACAAUAAAAAAGACGAGAACUUUGGCAGUACGCGUGACGUCACAGAUUGCAACUAGGUUUAGACUGUGACGUCAGCUAGAGUCCUAUCCAUUUAUUUUAUUAUCCAUGAUAGAACCACAGCCAAAGUGACGUACGUUCCGGAAGGGUGUUUUAAUAAGCGUUAAUAGCCUCUUUGCAGUUGGCUAAAGCCUUGUUCACAUAUAUCUGCGGCAUGUCGGCGGGCUACUGUCGUUAACAGUUCAACCUAAUAAUUCACAAAAGAAUGUAUGCAUCAACAGCUGUAAACAAUAAUAGCACAGGCAUACCUCACGCAUAUGUGAACCAGACAUCUCGAACUCAUUCAUAAUUCAUGAGUAAAUGCGAUGCAUGUAUGACGAGUUUCCAGGAAAUUUAAAACGCCUGUGUGCGAGGCAGAGUGUUGACACUACUAGUUGUCUCGUAACCAAAUACAAGACAUAAUGGACAAAACAACAGUAACGCCGAAAAUGAACAUUUGUUCAUUUCGACUUUAUAUUUUAGUCGUCAUCAGGAAUGCAACAAUCAUUCCUGGUGAUAACUAAAAUAAUGUUACCGUUGUUUUGUUUGUAUUGUCUUAAAAUACUCUUGGUUCCUGUAAAGCCUGAAGUACACCAGAAAGUACGUGUCAAAUUAAUUACUUUGUGUUGUAUCAAUAACACAAGAUCUUCUACAUGCAGUACAUAUUUAAAUAAUUAACAGUUUUUGUUGCAAGCCAAUAAAUGAAUUGCAAUUAUCAUAUAACUCAAAUAUAAAAAUACAAGCUGAUGUACCGUUCAAUUAUUAGUAGCCCUUCCCAGGACAUACUGUAUAAAGUUUAUCUAAUGAUGGUUAC